CCUGCGUGUCAAACACGCGGAAGCCUCUUCAGGCGGAAGCGGCUCUGUCUGUGACGGGGAGUCAGAAAAAACCGGGAGCAGAUUUUUCAGACACAGAGACGGUUCAAACAAAAACCCACACCGGCCAGCACCGACCGUUUCUCCCCUCGACACCUGCUCCACGCCCCCGCUGCGAUGAUCCUGCUAGAAAUCAACAACCGCAUCAUCGAGGAGACGCUGUCGCUGAAGUUCGACGGCGCGUCCAACGGAACCAAGCCAGAGGCCGUCGACGUGACGUUUGCAGAUUUCGAUGGCGUCUUGUACCACAUCUCCAACCCCAACGGGGACAAGACCAAAGUGAUGGUCAGCAUCUCCCUGAAGUUCUACAAGGAGCUGCAGGAGCACGGAGCCGACGAGCUGCUCAAGAGGGUCUACGGGAAUUUCCUGGUUUCAACAGAGGCUGGCUACAAUGUGUCCCUCCUCUACGACCUGGACGCGCUACCGGCCAAUAAGGACGAGGUCGUCCACCAGGCGGGCAUGCUCAAGAGGAACUGCUUCGCCUCCGUGUUCGAAAAGUACUUCAAGUUCCAGGAGGAGGGCAAAGAGGGCGAGCAGAGAGCCGUGGUCCACUACAGAGACGACGAGUCCAUGUACGUGGAGGCCAAGAAAGACAGAGUGACGGUGGUGUUCAGCACGGUGUUCAAGGACGACGACGAUGUCAUCAUCGGCAAAGUCUUCAUGCAGGAGUUUAAGGAAGGUCGGAGAGCCAGCCACACGGCUCCUCAGGUGCUGUUCAGCCACAGGGAGCCGCCACUGGAGCUGAAGGACACAGACGCCGCCGUCGGGGACAACAUCGGAUACAUCACCUUUGUCCUGUUCCCACGUCACACCAACGCCAAUGCCAGAGACAACACCAUCAACCUCAUCCACACCUUCAGGGACUACCUGCACUACCACAUAAAGUGCUCCAAGGCUUACAUUCACACACGUAUGAGGGCCAAGACGUCAGAUUUCCUCAAGGUGCUGAACCGCGCUCGACCCGACGCCGAGAAGAAGGAGAUGAAGACCAUCUCUGGGAAGACGUUCUCCCGCUGAGGCCGACCCUCCACCUCCAUCAGAGAAAUCCAAACCCCGUGGUGGACACGCCGCUACACUGAGACUCAACGCCACACGGGGUUCCUCUAAACGCCCCCGCCCGACUCCAAAACAACUUUUUUUUUUUAAAUGAAUAAUAAAGUUGGCUGUACUUUAAGGAAAGCCAAGGCUCAAGGUAAACUGAAAAAAAGGGCAUUCCUUGCUUUGCAUAGUUAAAGAGAAUUAUUAGUCCUAUAUAAAUAUAUAUAUGAAAAAAAAAAAUUGAAAUUUUUGAUACGACAUCUUUUACUCCAUUUGGUACUCUCGCUUGCCCCCCUCAACCCUCACCAUGCAAUAUGUCGGAUGAUUUCAACGUUCAACCCUCCCCUCCCUGUGCUUUCAUGUCGUCUGUAUCAUUGUCAUUUGAAAACAUAAAAUAAAUCACUCUUACAAAAAA